AUGACGUGCGAGGUGGAAAUACCGCCUCAUUCGUCGCAUUCGUGCAUGGGGGCCGUCUGCCCGCCGACACACGAAGGAGGUGACGCGGGUUUGUCGUGCAGGGCUGAAGAGUUAUCGGACCGCCGUGACGCUGUGACGCCCCUGGGUGUGACGCCCCUGGGUGCUGUGACGCCCCUGGGUGCUGUGACGCCCCUGGGUGCUGUGACGCCCCUGGGUGCUGUGACGCCCCUGGGUGCUGUGACGCCCCUGGGCGCUAUGACGCCCCUGGGUGUGACGCCCCUGGGUGCUGUGACGCCCCUGGCUGCUGUGACGCCCCUGGGUAUGACGCCCCUGGGUGCUGUGACGCCCCUAGGUGCUGUGACGCCCCUGGCUGCUGUGACGCCCCUGGCUGCUGUGACGCCCCUGGGUGUGACGCCCCUGGGUGCUGUGACGCCCCUAGGUGCUGUAACGCCCCUGGGUGUGACGCCCCUGGGUGUGACGUCCCUGGGUGUGACCCCCCUGGGUGCUGUGACGCCCCUGGGUGCUGUGACGCCCAUGGGUGCUGUGACGCCCCUGGGUGUGACUCCCCUGGGUGUGACGCCCCUGGGUGUGACGCCCCUGGCUACUGUGACGCCCCUGGCUGCUGUGACGCCCCUGGCUGCUGUGACGCCCCUGGGUGUGACGCCCCUGGGUGCUGUGACGCCCCUAGGUGCUGUAACACCCCUGGGUGUGACGCCCCUGGGUGUGACGUCCCUAGGUGUGACCCCCCUGGGUGCUGUGACGCCCCUGGGUGCUGUGACGCCCCUGGGUGCUGUGACGCCCCUGGGUGCUGUGACGCCCCUGGGUAGUGUGACGACCCUGGGUGCUGUGACGCCCCUGGGUGUGACGCCCCUGGGCGCUAUGACGCCCCUGGGUGUGACGCCCCUGGGUGCUGUGACGCCCCUGGGUGUGACGCCCAUGGGUGUUACGCCCCUGGGUGUGACCCCCUUGGGUGCUGUGACGCCCCUGGGUGUGACGCCCCUGGGUGUGACGCCCCUGGGCGCUAUGACGCCCCUGGGUGUGACGCCCCUGGGUGCUGUGACGCCCCUGGGUGUGACGCCCAUGGGUGUUACGCCCCUGGGUGUGACCCCCUUGGGUGCUGUGACGCCCCUGGGUGCUGUGACGCCCCUAGGUGCUGUGACGCCCCUGGGUGCUGUGACGCCCUUGGUGACCCCCCUGGGUGCUGUGACGCUCCUGGGUGCUGUGACGCCCCUGGGUGCUGUGACGCCCCUGGGUGCUGUGACGCCCCUGGGUGCUAUGACGCCCCUGGGUGUGACGCCCAUAAGUGUGACGCCCCUGGGUGCUGUGACGCCCCUGGGUGCUGUGACGCCCCUGGGUGCUGUGACGCCCCUGGGUGCUGUGACGCCCCUGGGUGCUGUGACGCCCCUGGGUGCUGUGACGCCCCUGGGUGCUGUGACGCCCCUGGGUGUGACGCCUCUGGAUGCUGUGACGCCCCUGGGUGUGACCCCCCUGGGUGAGACGCCCCUGGUUGGUGUGACGCCCCUGGCUGGUGUGACGCCCCUGGGUGCUGUGACGCCCCUGGAUGCGGUGACGCCUUGUGUGGAGUAUAACCUCUCGAAGGGACCACUUGUCUCAAUUUCACCUGGGUUCGAGCCCCAGCCAGGCAGGGCUAACACAGCCACCCGUCAUUAA